UUAAGGCAAUCAGUUUCCUCACAUUUUCUAAGUCAAGUCAAUUUAUUAUAUAGUGGCAAUUAGUCUGUCACUGAGCAGUGAAAACAUUAAGCACAUUGUCAAUUUCUGAUUGUCAUGACAGAAAAUAAAAUUAAAGAUAUGAACUAAAAAAAUUCUUUCAAAACAUUAGAAGUUCUGCAUUUUCACUGCAGGUGUGUUGAAAUUUGGUCAACAUUGAAUGCACAUUAACCUGUGAUGCAAUACAUUUUCCCAAACAGAAAGAUUUAGAAGUAAGCAUGACACAGAGUCUUUUGCAACAGAAUUAACAACAUGAAAUGUACAACAAUGAGCAGAACACAGAAGAUGCUUUACUUACUCUUUGCAUUUCUAUUGACAACAGCUCAUGGAAAUAAUUCUUCCUGUUCUUCCUCUGAAUUUACUUAUGAGCAGAUUGACCAACAGCUUCAGGAUUUGAAAAAUUGCCUUGAAAUGCUAUCUAUUACAUGGACAACAUACCAAAACGCAAACAUUUUUAACCAACUACAAACACUGAGUGAUAUCAUCCAGAGGCAACAAAAUGAAGAGUUAAGAAGGUUACUGCCAGCAAACUGUUCAUCUCCAGCUGUGCCAGAGGAUGGAGGCCUGCUGUGUAUAUCUGUGAAGGACAAGGCCUACUGUAAACCUAUGUGCAAUGCGGGUUAUGAUUUCACUUUUUUAAGAAGAUCAAGGCUGUUUGAGGAAUGCAGUUCUGCCACACAAUACAAGUGGACAACCCAGUUUAUUGGUGGCAACAGGCUGGCUAUAUGUGACAAGUCCCGCACUGCAGUGUCAGGAGCCCCUUCUGCAUACUUCCCUGUGGGCCAGGACUGUCAGAAAAUAAAGAGUGAUGAACAACUAACGAGGAACAUCACAACUAUCUUUACAUCAGAGUUGGUUAUGGCAGGCAUUACACUAUCAAUAGAGUCUUCCGGCCUUCUCUGUGGCUAAAACAAGAAUUAAGGAGAUCUAAAAAUUGUUCAGAACUGACAUAUUCUGUGCAAAGCUCUACUAAAGAUUUUGGACUUGAGUCAUGUAAGUGCAAAUAUGUUAAUAAAAUGAAAACUAUGGAAAAUGUCA